UUCAGUACCGUGAUGAUAACGCUGCAAGUUAACAAUCAUUUUAUUAUUUUAAAUUUUAUUUAUAAUUAAUCAAGUUUUAUUUAUUUAUUACUCCAUUUUAUUUUUUUGCUAUUAAGUAUUUAUUUAUCAUUUUUUAUUAUUUAUUGUGUCGAAGGUUUAUUGUCAAUCAUAACAAUAACAGCGCGUGGUGUCUCGCGAGUGAAUUUUGUUGGAUUUAAGUGCUAAAUUAUUUUAUCAGCGUAUACGUAUAAAUAUAUAUAUACAUACAGAUACUACAUAUUAUAUAUUGUGGAUAUAGAUGCGAAUUCACUGGUGAAAAAGUGACAACUUAAGUCAAGAUUAGCGAGAAUUUGUUCUUUUUAAAUUAGAUGACGUUUAAAAAAUUUGGCAAUGGCAAUCAGGUAAUGGUGAUAAUUAAAAAACGUUAAAAAAUAAUCCGGUGUAAUUAAAUUUCACCAAAGAUGUGAAGGGCAAGGGGAGUAAACGGAAUGAAGCCACAAAAGAAGGCUAUCGUAUCGCAAAAGGCGCCAAAGUCACCAACGGUUGCCAAAAAGCGUAAAGUUCUUGAUUCAAAAGCGGAUAAAAAAUCUAAAAAAUUACCACUCUCUACUUCAACAUCGUCUUCUUCCUUAGAAAAAACUAAAAAAAGCGACAGUGACAAAAAAAAAGACAAAGAAAAAGAAAAGAUUGCCGAAAAACGGAAAAAACCCGAUAUAAAAUUGAUAGAUGAAAAAAAGAAGUCAAAUUUAAAAGAAAUGGAGGCCAAGAAAACAGAAAUUGAGGAUAAAAAAAUGGACAAAGCCGAUGAGUCUUCAUUGGAUUUGAGCUCGACCGGAUCAUCUUCAACUGGGAUUGAUAAAAAGAAAAGUAAUAAAUCCGAUGAUAAAAUUAAGCCGGACAAACUUGUUGAUGCUAAGAAAAAAUCAAGCGAACUUGACAAAAAGAAAAUUUUAAGCAAAGAUUCUAUGGAUGGUACCGAUAAUGAUUCGAGCUUGAUUUCAUCUCCAGCUUUAGCUGCUGACGAAACUAAAAAUCUCGAGGGCAAAAGUACUGCGCUAAAUUUAACAAAUAAAAAGACUAACAAAGCGAAAGAUGACAAAAUCAAGAAGGAUUCCAAGGGUAAUAGUAAUAAUAAUAAGGACCCGAAGGAAAAUGGUAAAAAUCAAUUAACCAAAGAUAAGAAAGUCGAUCCGAAAAAAUUGGACAGUGUUAAAAAAUCAAAAGUUGUUCCGGUUAAAAAAGAAUCAAAUUCAAAGUGUGUUAGCGCAAAAAAAUUAGCGGCUAAAAAGAGUCUGCUGGCUAAGAAAUCCAGCGAAAUAGUGGGCAAGAAAUUGACCGAUAAAAAAUUAAAACUAGUCAAUAAGUCUAAAGAUAAAGAGGAUUCUUCGAGUGUUGAUGAGGAUGAGGAGUUAUCAGUAAAUACCAAGGCAAAGAAAAAGAAUUCAACUAAUGCUAAGUCUAAAGCUAGUAGUGGUAAUAAUAAUAAUCAAGAUAGUAGUUGUAGUAGUAGUAGUGGUAGUAGUAGCAGCAGUAGUAGUAGCAAUAGUAAUAGUAACAGUAAAAAACCAAAAUUAGCAAAGCAGAUGAAAGCAAAGUUGCCGGUUAAAAACGGUAAAUUGAAUAACGUUGUUCUAAAGCGAGAAAAACUUAAGAAGAUAACUGAUAAAAUAGUUAACAGAAGAAAAAUGGAGUUAAAAGAAAACGCGUAUAAAGUUAGCAUGGUCUGUGACAGUAAAAAAGUAUUGAAAGAAGAGCCUUUUAAUAGCGAUGAGGAUCAAGAGAGCAUCAAAAAGGAAAUUUUAAACGAUAAAGAAGACGAUGAAGAAAGUUUUCCCAGUGGUGGGAACAGCAGUAGUGGAGGUUGUAGUAAUGCUAGUAUUAGUUGUCUUCAAGUGAAAUCUUCUGAGGGAAAAAAGUCCUUGAAAACUCCAUCAAAGUCGAAAACUAGCUGUAAAAAGCCGGUUAACAAAAAAUCUGUUAAAUCAAACAAAUCACUGGACGAGGAUUGCGAAAAAGUAUCGCAAAAGAGUUGUUCCUCAGGUUCCGCUUCUGAAGAUUCCUCAGAACAAACUUCUAAAAGUGAGGAUGUCAAAGCAUCUAAUUCUAAAAAAGGGGAUGACAGUGUGUUGAAAGUUGACCUUAAGGUCGAAAAAUCUAAUGACAAUGAUAAUAAUAAUGACAGCCAUGACAAUGACUUCAACAGUGACAGCCAGGGGUCGUCUAGUGCAGACUCUGAUGAGGAUUACGAAAACGAGGUGGAAACACGUCGUCGGCAAAAGAAGAAAAAAGAAGAAGACUCUACGGACGAAGACCGGGCGCGUAGAAUGCGAUUAUUUGGGUUCUGGAGUGGCCCGAAACGGCACCGCGUUGCGUCAUUAAACGCAUUAGCCAAAGUCCACUGUCUUUAUGAGAACGAAAACGGUGGCGUUUAUCUGGGUGGUUUCUGUAAACCAAAACCUGAGAAAGAUAAACCAGAAAAAGGAAAAAAAUCGUCUUCUGGAAGUGCAACUGCUACUGCAGCUUCUGCUAAAGAGAAAGACGAUAAAGAGGAAUCUGGACGUAAAGAAAAGGACAGUAAUAGUAGUAGCAGCAAUAACAAUAGCAAUAGCAAUACCAGUAAAAAAGGUACGGUGACCAGUAAACCCGAGUCGGAGAAUGUCACUAAGAGAAAUCUAAGGAAUGUACCGGGUCUUCGCGGGAAACAUUGGGACAUGAUGGAGUGUUCCUCUUCGUCUUCCUCAUCUUCCGAGGACGAGUCGGGCAAUGAACAGUCCUCGCAAUCCCAGCCCCAAUCCCAAUUGCAGUCUCAGGCCCAAUCUCAGCGCAAUCCAGAAGUAAAACAUGCUAAACGCGGCAGAAAGAAAAAUUCGACUGUGAGGCGUAAAAAACCAGAGGAAGUUAUGGAUCUCAAGGAUAUGGUGGUCUGCAAACGGAUGGCUAGUUUGAAUGCAUCGGCCAUUCUUGCGGCCUCAUAUAUGGAUGAAAAAAAUCUACAGAGUUCAUCGUCAACUGAGUCUUCCUCCAGUGAGUCUUCAGAAGUUGAGUUUAUAAAGCGUCGCAAGCAACACGGUGACUCAGGAGAAAAUGCUGCUGAAAAACGAAAAGCUAAGCAAGAAGAGGAAGCGUUAAAGGCAUCCAAAAAAGUUGUGAUUGUCAAUCAGGAUACCGAUGUCACAAUCACCGGUGUCUAUGUUAAUCAAACCCGAUCAACCCACCACGAGGGUUUCUGUAGCAUCGCUGGAAUGCAAUAUAGAAUCAGCUCUACCAGCCACACGCAAACUGCGGCAACCGCUGUGGCUGCUGAACUUCACGAGCAGAAGGCGGAACAACCAUGCAAGUCUUAUACACCCCUGGGGGCCUUAUCCUCGAUGCAGCCACCAGGAAGUCAGGCCGCUCAUCCGAACAUGUCACCCCGAAGACACUCAGCAUUCAGCGCGCCUCAUCAGCACGGUUACUACCAACCAGCAGGUCCGCUAAUUCAGCAUCCACCCACGUUGCCGCCGAUAAAGGGCCCGCCACCGGAACCGACGCCCACGCCGCCUCAAAAUUCCGAGAGCUCGGACGACCUGGUGGCUACCUCGACGACUUCCGGUGGCACUAACAGCACAGGUAAUUCCUCCUGGCGUUCGUAUCGCAAACCGGAGUCAAGAAUUCCGGGCUCAGCGAUUCCAUCCACAUCGAUUGUCCCCACAGGUGGCGGGUUCUACAGAGCCUACUGCCCUCAAUAUUACGGGACUCCGCCGCAGUACCAGGAGCUCUGUUAUCCACCGACUUAUCCACAUCCACAUCCGCAUCCACCUCCUUAUUAUAAAUAUGCUCCGGCUUAUAGAAGACAGUACUACAGCUAUCCAGAAGCAGGAGGAGGUGGAGGAGCAGGUGGAGCAAGUAGUGGCGCCCCAGGAGUUGUAGAAUAUCAACCUCCUCCGCCUCCUGGCGAGUACUCGAUUCCGCCUUAUUAUGCUGGAUAUCCUCCGCCACCAGCACCGCCACCACCACCACCUAAUCCCGCUUAUCUUCACGCUCAAGGUCGACCUAUUGUAGAUCACGCAGCCUUUCAAGGUUGUCCGUGCCCGAUGCAAUCGUGUCCAAAAAACGUGGAUACUGGGCCCCUUAUUGGUAAUGGUAAGGGGGCGCCAGUGGCAUCGGGGCCCGGUCUGUCAUUGCCACCCAGUGCUUUAGUAGGGCCCCCCUCGCCCGCGAGGGGAUUAGCCGGGUUAGCGCCUCCUCACGGCGCUAAUGCCUGGGACACGGAUCGCGUCCAAAUUAACACUCAUCAUCGUAACAUUAAUAAUAAUAAUAAUAAUAAUAAUAAUAAUAAUAAUAAUAACAAUAAUACUAAUAAUAACAAUAAUAUUAAUAAUAAUAACAACAACAAUAAUAUUAAUAAUAAUAACAAUAAUAAUAAUAAUAUUGAUAAUAUCGCUAGUACUACUACUUCUAAUAAUAAUAGUAAUAAUAAUAAUAAUGAUAAUAAUAGUAAAACUAAUACUACUAACACCCAGAACCAGAAUCAGCAGCUUCCUUCAUCAACUACCCACACCAACGAUUGUCGCGCUAAGGAAGAGCAAAACAGUCCAAGCAAACACCCAAAAUGCGCCUGUGAAAAGCUCUCCUGCACAUCAACCUGCGAAGUAAAAAUCGAGACACUUUCCCCCGCAGAAGCUUCAGUCCCAUCUCCGUCAUUAGUCCCACAAUCUCCCUCAUCUCUCCAACAACCCCAAGCUCUGUCCCUCCAAAAAUUGGCCCCAAUAUCUCCGCAACUUUCAAACAUGCGAACAUUCAAAACCGAGAACAACAACGUAAAGUGCGAAUCUUGCAGCGUGGGAAUCGUCAGCGACACUAGCGCCUUAUCCUGCGUGUCAAACUGCAACGUAAAGUGCGAACAACAAGACGACUACAAAUGCGGGAUAAUAAAAUGCGAACAAUGUCUAAAAGAGGACCGAGAAAUGGCGAUCCUGGAAAUCGACAAGGAUUCGGGGAUCCUGAUGAUAGACGACAAGCUUGACGCCGCUGAAGCGGAGGUCAAGGAAGAGAUAAGCGACGUAGUUGUGGUUAAUAUCGACAGCGAGAGCUGGACCAAGCCCGAUUACGAAGAUACCGUCACUGAGACAAUCGAAGGCGAUAAUGAUAACAAAUCUGAGUCUGAUAUUACCCGCAGAGAGAUAUUAAUUACCUCUAAGUGUCAGAAAUUGACCAAGAGGAAGCUUUCGUUGGACAGUUUGAGUAAUUUGAGUCCUAAGAAGAUAAAACUGGACAAACGGACGUUGUCCGUUGGCUCGGGACGCGAUAUUAACGACCACAGGGUUCCUAACCCGAUGAAUGAAGAGUAUCUUAUUAAUAGAACUAAUUUUGGCGAUUCUGGAGCUCUGGGGGGAGAUUUUGGGAAAGUUGGGGCUGAAAUUGAUUCCUUGGGGGUCAAGAAAAAGGUUAAGAAGGAAAAUUUUAAGAGAAAAGCUGAGGAAGGUAAUAUUGCGGAGAGUAAUAGCAAGAAAGUUAAGAAAUCGGUGAGCAAUGGAAUCACUUGUCCGGUUAAGACCGCCUCCGCGAUGAGUAUUAUGGAAACUAUUAACAAUGUGAUUCAACAGAGUGUACAAAUGACUAGUAGGACGGAUGAUGAUAUUAAUAUUGUUAGUACGUGUAAUGAUAGUAGUAAUAGUGAUAGUAUUAAUAUCAGUAAUGUUAUUGUUAAUAGCGGUAAAAAUUGUAACGUUAAAGAGCGUGAUAGCAAGAGAAAAUCUGGUAAUUUAUUGUCGAUUAUUAAAAAUGUUCCAAAGAAAGCGGAUAAAUUAGGUUUCAAGGAUUGUAAAUUAAUAGAUAAGGAUAAAGGGGGGAAGGAAGGGAAGGAGGGGAAGGGGAGGGUUAAGAAGAUCGGGAUGGUUAAGAAUAAAGUUGUGGAGGUGAAAAGUAGUGGAGGAAAGGGGAGGAUUGUCAAGAUUCAGGAUAAGGAGGAUAGAGAGGAUAAAGAGGGGAAGAAACCGGCGGCCUUAGUUAAGAAGAAGAGUAAUAAAAAAAGUACAAAUACGAAGAAAAUUUGUGGCAAGAAAACUCCUGGGCGGGAUGAAAGUGUCGUCGGGGUGCUUGAUAGUUUUAGUUCUUUGACGAAGAAGAGCUUUCUCAAACCCAAGUGGAGCAACGGCUGGAGCUGGGAAGGAGAUUCGUAUGAGGCCAAAGUUUAUUUAACGAAUGAAGAAUCAGCGAUAAGGAGGUGUUACAAGAGUAUGAAGCACGUCAGUGGAGAUGUGCUGAGACCGAGGGACUGUGUUUUAUUAAAAAGUGGUCCACGGAAAGCGGAUUUGCCUUUUGUUGCUAAGAUAGCUGCGCUUUGGGAAAAUCCUGAUGAUGGUGAAAUGAUGUUCUCGUUACUGUGGUACUACAGGCCAGAACAUACGGAACAAGGACGUACGGAUUUUGAUACUGAAGAUGAAGUCUUUGCAUCACGACAUCGCGACGCUAAUAGUGUUGCUUGUAUAGAAGACAAGUGUUAUAUUUUAACGUUUAAUGAAUAUUGUCGAUACCGUAAAAAUUUACGAAGAAUAGAAGAAAACCUUGAUUGUCCAGGACUAAUAGUACCGCCUGGAGAGCAAAGUUAUCCCCGGGAGAGUAGACAGCCUCCCAUUCCAGUACCAUCAGAUAUGGUGCUAUUUUGUCGGCGUGUUUACGACUACCGUGGAAAAAAGCUCGUCAAAAAUCCUGGAUGACUCGAUUUAACGUAAAAAAAUCUACCAGUAAAGCGAACCAACAAAACAAGAAAAUUUAAACUAAAAAUAAAAAUAAA